AAAAGUCUCAUCAGAUAGGAUUUUUGGUUGUUGGAAUUUGUUGGAAUUAUUUAUCACAGUAUAGUUACUGUUGUUUUGUUUGUUUCUAUAAUGAACCAAACCACACUGGAACGCAUUGCCCCGAGUCUGUGUCCGGCCAACUAUCUGGCCUUAGCGAACAACGCUCGAACAAAUCGGGACAAGGCCCUCCGUCUACUGCUAGAAAAGAGGAAACUCCCGGACGAUGGGUUUGACGAUGUCACGAUCGAGUAUUUCGUCAGCGAGCUGGCCCUCAUGGAUAGCAAUAACUAUUUGAACCCGGUCGGCGUGGGUGAACGUGAAGGGCGCGUUUACAGUGAUUUAGUUCGCAAACGCCAUUAUAACUUCAGCCACGGGGUGGGACGAUCCGGAAAUCUUGUUGAUGCCCAACCGAAAGCGGCAGGUUCGACCGUAAUGUCCAAUCUUGCCAAUGCUUUGACUUUAGAUUUGAUUCGAGAUAUGGGUAUCAAAAGUUGCUCCAAAGCUGUCAUCGUCCCACUGGCCACUGGUAUGACUAUCAUGAUGACCCUACUGGCAAUGAAGCAAGAGCGUCCGGAAGCUAAAUAUGUACUGUGGUCCCGGAUUGACCAAAGUUCGUGCUUCAAGAGCAUUCUCGGUUCGGGACUGGUUCCUGUGAUAAUAGACACUAUCGCUGUGGAAGAAUGCAACGAUAAAAUGCGGGGCACCGAUGUAAGUGGCUUUAGAUCCAAAAUCGAAGAACUUGGUGCAGCAAAUGUUUGCAGCAUAAUUUCUACCACUAGCUGUUUUGCCCCUCGAACCUGUGAUAAUAUUGUAGAACUAGCAGAAGUCUGUAGCUUGUACCAAAUACCUCAUCUAGUCAACAACGCGUAUGGUCUCCAGAGCACCUAUUUGACGCAUCACUUGGAAACGGCCUUCAGACGGGGUCGAGUCGAUGUAUUCAUUCAGAGUACUGAUAAAAACUUCAUGGUUCCUGUUGGCGGUGCUAUACUAGCUCAGUUUGAGUUAGGGUCGAUAAUUGAUCGGGUAACAGCAUUGUAUCCGGGACGUGCCAGCAGCUCUCAACAUCUGGAUAUGCUGAUCACUCUUCUCUCCUUCGGGCGACAAGGUUUCAAAAGUAUGACAGUCAAACGAAAAGAAAACCAUCAAUAUCUGCGAGAGAAAUUGUCAAAAGUAGCCCAAAGCUUUGGGGAAAAAGUUAUCACUGGUAAGAACCCAAUUUCUAUGGCGUUAACGUUAAAAAAUUUCCCCACCAAUGUCGAAAUGAUUGGUUCGAUGUUGCAUACGCGAGGUGUUUCCGGUUGCCGCGUAAUCUCCGUCAGAGAUAGCAAACGGAUCGAAAACCACGAAUUUAAAGCGUGGGGUUCACAUUGCAGUGACCCAUCCGAUGUUCCUUAUUUAACUGUGAGUGCAUCUUUAGGCAUUGAAAGCGAUGAGAUUGAAACUUUCAUUGAUAAGUUGGAAAAAGUGCUAAAAGAACGACGGCAAUUUGAAACUACUAACAAAUAAUAUUUUCAAUUUACAUUUUACUUGUCCAACGUUCAUUCCUAUAUACAUAUACCUUUACCUAUCUUUAUUUAGGACUAAUAAAGAAUCUUAUUUAAUUUCUUUUACUUUAAUAAAACAAUACUCUCAUCU